UCAAUAACAACACAGCCGCGAAGCGACAAAGGCCGGAAGUGCACUUUUUGCAUUACUGGGCGUUAAGUAACGUCACGGGGAACGAAAAAAUUUGUCUGCUCCCAAAGAUGGUGAUGUAGUUUUUUGCGCCAGGACCAAGUGGAAAAUUCGAAAAAUGGUGGGAAAGGGCUCGAGCGGCCUGGGCGGAGACACCAGUACGGGCAGUAAGGAACGCCCUGUUUUCAUUCCGCCCCGGAAACGUCAACAAACCAAAUCGGAGGCCAAGAAGCAGAACUAUGUGGAUCACAUCGUCAGUGUGCAGCAAAAUCGACCCAAGUUGUCGCCCUCCAAUCCGGGACUUGAAGAGGAGCUCCGCAAGUCCAAGCUGAUCAUCAAGAACAAGCAGCCGCUGCCGCAGCUGCCGGGAGAGCUGGGUGUGCCCAGUGCCCACGACACCCUGGCUAGCACCCACUCGGCCAGCUCCACGCAGCACAGCCAGAAGUCAGCCAGAUCGAACAGUAAUCUCAACGAGCUGCAGAACUUCGAGUCCAUAUCGCAGGGCACCAAGUCGACGUCGCAGCGGCACGAGAGCAGUACGGUGACGCCCAGCAGCUGUUGCUAUUCGGAGAGCAGCCUGGACGCCAAGUUGAGCAAGUCGCAGGACUGCCUGAGCAACCGGUCGUCCUCCAAGAAGCGGGUCAACAUCCGUACAAGCGAUCUGCCCGGCCAGGGGCGCAAUCAGCGCUCCUCACCGGAGAUAGCCAACUACGAAGAUCUGGAGUCCGGCGAAACGAGUGUGCUGAACAACUACGACCAGAGUCUAGAGCGGGGCUAUCAGGCGCGCAAGGAGGGCGGCGGCAACUACCUGACCAUGACGGGCACCAUUAAGCGGGGUCGCAAGAAGGGCCAGUCCGUGGACCUACAGAUAAACAUCAGUCGCGAGGAGCUGGAGCAGCUGAACGCCCAUGCGAUGGCCAGCGACACACAGAAGGGUGGCAAUUUGUGCUGCACCUGCAGCUGUGGCACCGGCCUCCACAUCCUGCUCAUCUCGCUCUUUUGCCUGCCGUUUGUGACCGUCGUUUCGGCGGUAUACUCCUUCUACAUUGGAACGCUCACCUGGUACAAUAUGUUCAACUAUUACUGCGAGGAGAGGACGUACCUGCACAAGAUCCUGGUGACGCCGCUGCUGUUCGUGAUCUAUCCGCUGGCCAUCGUGCUGUGCACCUUCGGACUGGGCAUCUACUCGGGAUUGCGGCAGCUGAGUCUGCAGUACAGCAGUUGGGUGAACGACAUCACGGAUAUCGAGAAGGGAUUCUACGGCUGGUUGUGCGGAUUCCUUCGCAUGCCCGACUGCAGUCCCUACGAGGUCGUCAUCCUGACCGACAUUUGUGUUGCGCCGCAGGAUCCCCAGCGGCUGCACAUCAACAAACCGCGCCAGGAACUAUCCAUGUAGGAUGUGAGAAUGUGAGGUGUUCCUGGUUCCAGUUUCGUUUCGACCAUAAGUGUGAUAUAAAAAACGUAAAUUACAUACGCAGAUCAACACAUUAAGUUUCCUUUGGCCAAAUUUGUUCCUUUCAACUUGACAUGAUCGCGUGUCUCUGCAAUUGCAGCUUUAGUGAACGGAAAUACAAUAUAUUAUAUAUAUAGAUAUCAACGCCACAACAUACAUAAUCCAAGCCCUAGAAAGUCUUAAGUUACUAGAGAUCUAACACUCGCACAGCGUCUAUAAAGCAAGGAAAACUUCUCAAUAGUUUGGUAGUCCGAAACUGAAAUAAUCUUGCAAGUGUCAGUCAAAAGUAGCAAUUGCUCAAUAAGUUAGAAGUUCAAAUUCAUUUUUUGUCUGAACAGAAAUGAUGGGGUAACCCCACUUAACCAAAUCAUCGUAAUUUCGAAAAUAGUUUACCGCAUUAGCUGCUUGCUUAUCUCAAAUCCAUCCAAUAUAGUUUAUGACAAUUUGCAAGGUUAUCAAAACAAAAAAAUACAGUAAACUGUUGUAGAUGGGCACUUGCCUACGAACUUGAAACUCAGCUUUCCUUUCCUAUAACUCAAAGCCAAAUUUAAAACUGUUUACGGAACGUAAUAGCAUUUACAGAAUAUGAUGCAUUUAUCUUCAAAAUGAACUAAAACCAAAUAAAACAGCCAACUUAAUGCGCAGUUGACGUGAUGGAAACUUUUUCUUAGUUUUAAACAAACAUUUUUUAUUUCUACGUCAAUAAAAAAAAACGCAGCAAAGCCACACGGACAUUUAUACACAUACCUAUAUAAGCAAACGUUUUUAAAAUAGAAAUUCUAUAUGUUAAGAACCCGAAUAUCAAACACUUAUUGAAAUGAAUAUAUUAGCCAGAGAAAUAAAGCCAAUAAAAUCGUAUAGCAAACAC